AUUCAACUUUGUGCCGCUCGAGCGUGCGUAUAUAGUUCCCUCUCAUCAGUAACAGUAUCAGUAACAACAUCAGUAACAUUUCCUUCGCGAGUACCUUCAACAAAGAUACAAAUCGAUCUAUCCAUUCUACGGACAUACGAAAAUCGCACGACACUGAAAGUCAGCUAAAGCAAUCUGUUAGUCUCAACUCGAGUCCGAAGAACGCGUAACUCCAGUACAUCUCAUUGGGUGUCUGCCUUAAAGUGCGCCAUAAACUAAAAGCCAAACCUAAACGUCGGCGGAGAGGGAAAAUAAAUAACGCCCACCGAAACGCAACACCACCUACUGGUCAUCCGUGGCAAAACGAGCAGGGGGCGGAGAGGCGAAAUCACAGAGCACGAGCGCGAUAUACGGGCCAAAGUAGAUAAAGCCGCCACCAGGCCAGGCCAGGACGUUGGACAAGACAAGGGGAAGAAGAGAGGAAGUGGAGGUAGCGACGUUGCCGCUCUUCACCCGACCAACCAAUCAGCCACAAAAAAGGCAGCAAUUAAGCGCGGUGUUAUCUGAACAGAUAGCGAUUAGAGGCGAGAAAAUAGUCCCCCAAUUGAGUGGAAAAGCCCCCCAUUGCCCAACGCCAAAGAGCAGCGUAGAGAGCUCCGCCAGGCGGGAGUCAGUCACAUACGAAUCACCAUUUACAGAGAGCGGGAGCAGCCAACUGGGAGAGCAACAGAGCAGCAGAGCGCCACACAUCGAGCACCCCACUCACAAGCAGCACACUCAACCUCAACCUCGAACGCCCGGGCACCAGUACACAUACCGCCUGUCAAAAUGUUUGCUGUAAUGCGAAUCGACAACGAUGACUGCCGGUCCGAUUUCCGCCGCAAGAUGCGUCCGAAGUGCGAGUUCAUUUGCAAGUACUGCCAGCGGCGAUUCACCAAGCCGUACAACCUGAUGAUCCACGAGCGCACCCACAAGUCCCCCGAGAUCACCUAUUCGUGCGAGGUGUGUGGCAAGUACUUCAAGCAGCGGGACAAUCUGCGCCAGCACAGAUGUAGUCAGUGUGUUUGGCGAUAAGCUAAAAUACCACAUAAACAUAUAUAUAAAUAUAUAUAAAAACCACACACAGAGCAAUAUAUAAAGUAAAACCGAUAUCUAAGCACCGCAGCACCAACAACAGCACGCAAUAUCACAGCUAUAUCUUACACACACAUAAUGAAUGAAUGGGAUCUGAUGAGGCAACUGCAACACACCCCGCCUACUUCUUCAUGCACCACUCUCUAAAUACAUAUAUACAAUAUAAAUACCUGCAACAGCAGCAACUGCAACAUUGCUUAAACCACUAGAUGCAAUCUACAGCCACGACAAGCGAUUAAAGUGAAUGGAAUGCUAAGUUCAGGUGUUGGGUUUCAAUCUAUUCGGUUAUCUGGUCUAUACAAUGCACUUGCCACGCCCCCAAACAACAGCAGGCAAACACAAAUAUGCAGAUGUUGCGCAGGCGCAGCACAACAGCAGCAGUUGCAGCAUAUACAGCAGUGGCAACAAUUGCAACAGCAGCCACCAUAUUUUCAAUAAUACUUCCAGAAAUCUACACAUGGACACUUGUGGGCGUGGCUGCUUCGGAAAGUGAUGAAGGCGGCACCCUAAGGCAGCCUGCAACUUGCAACAUCUAAUAGCUGAGAACGUGCAACAACCCGCAGUGCAGUGAACAACAAAGUGCAGCUCUUAAAGGUGCCAAAUCUGAAGAAAACAACAGCUAUAUACUUUGAGCUGCAGUAAUGCAAGAAAAUAUCAUCUUUAUUGAGUUGUAACCACUUUUCGAACUGUAUUUAUAACCGCAACCAACAACAUGCAAC